UAUGCUGCGCUUAGAAUAAUGGACUGUAGAAUUUAAUUUAAAUAAGUCCUACAUGAACGAACAUUUUUUUAUUGUCAAGUUGGUAGAAAUGUCUAACUAAAUGUCAAAUGAUUGUCAGUUGUAAACGUAAACAAAACAAACGCUUAUAGAUUUUAUUUUAACAAAAUUACAAUAAUUUUACGGUAAACAUGUUGGGUACAAAUGCUUCAGGACCAUCGCGCAAUUCCAGUGCCAAUCGUGAAUUACUUAACUUAGUACCAGCGUCUCUCGCCAACGAAUGCACAUGCUUCGUAUUCCACGAUCGCCACCCCUGUGUUUCCGAAAAUAUUGAUAUCACAGUGUGCACAUCAAACUCGGAAGUAAUCGAACUGUUUGAACGACAAACAGUGACAUCAACCUACCUCAACUGCGUUUCUAGACCAACAGAGAUCAAGAUCCACAGAAAUAGCGCCUGUGAACUGUUUUAUAUAAUUUUGGCGGGAAGAGAUCUGCUCUUCUUAAAGCGGCAUCAGGACAAGCUGGAAGUCCUACACAAAGUUUCAGAUGUGAACAAGUACUUCCUCGACGAUACUCAGUGUAAAGUCUUUGUGUCUGAUGAUGCGGUGCCUACACUGUUCAAUGAGGAUUUUGAGUUGAUUACAGAGAAGACAGAGGAGAGUAGUAGCAUAGACAGUAUGAUAGACUUGCCGCUUCAGAAGGACUUGAAUGUAAAGCUGUCUGCUGCGAGGUAUGUGUCUGCGUUCAACGUGAAGUCACUGGUGGAGUACAGGAACCUGCGGCAGGCCGCUGCCUACUCCCUGUACCAAGAUAUACAUCCAAAUGCUGGCAGCUCCAUCUUUACGGAUAGCUGCAAAUCUAUAUCCAGUGCCUUGAAAAUUCGCAUUGAGCACCCGUGGGUCAAAUUAUGCAAUGACUAUGUGGUCAUGUUGCUGAGCGUGUGUAAUGAAAACCAAGUAGCAUUAGAAGAAAUACAAGUCCUGAUACAUGGUAACAAAACCAAGUCAGUCCCAUACACCACAAAACUAUUCCAAAGUAUAGAGGCAGUACCAUACUGGAAGGAAAUUCAAACACAAAGCAUACCAAAAAACAUCUUGUCCAAAAUAGCUGUCCUUAUAAAUGUUAGAGAUAUUGCACUGGAUACUAUUAACAAGUUUACUUUCAAUGGUAUAGUCAUGUAUAAAAUGAAUGGCAAAGCAAAGUUGCUGCCAUUCGAGCAAGUUACAGUCUCAUAUGUGAACUCCUCUUGGGAAAUAUGUGAUGUUUUAGCCAGUAAAAAACUUGAUACAAACGAUAUUUUAGCUAUAGUAGCAACAUCGCAAAAAACAAAUGUGAUCUUCACCCCCAUACCAAAUGAUGAAGAGCCAACGAACCUGCACGAGGCUCUGUGCAACAAGUUGCGAAUGACCAUAGUCACUAAUGAGAUCUUUGUGCAACAGAUGGCGCUGUUAAGUGUUAUAAAAGGCGUCAUGAUAGUCUUCCAUGAGGGAUGUGUAAGCAGAAACGAAAGUGUGAGAGCUUCUAUUCAUGCAAGAGACAACAGCCAGCUCUUCACAGUAAUCCAACUAAUAGACGAGGCUUUACCAGGAAGAAUAGUGACCACGACACCCAAGCAUAUCAUCACUCCAAUAGGGUGCCACACUUCGCAAAUACACAGCAAAAACCAUCACAAAACGAACAAUAUUGAGCCUUACGCGAGAUCUUUGCUCGAGCAGUUGUCGUUACUAUUAGAAUACUAUGACAGCUGUAUGAUGAAAAUGAAUGAGAGUCAAAAAGAAGAAGUGAGGAGCAGGAUUGGUACUGAUAUUGAUGUGUUUGCUCACGGUGUCUCGAAGUAUUUGGAUUUGAAGAAGAGGGUGAUAGAAGCGGCUUCAAAAGGAAUUUUGAUGAUGAACAACCAAGAGCAAAGGGAUAUCAUGGACUCUGAAGUAUCUAUCUAAGAUGGUCUCUGCAGACAAUGGAGUUUGCUUGAGUCAGCAGAUGGCCUACAAGGUAUGGAUCAAUCAAUCAUUUCCUUGUCUUUAGUUCUGUGAUAAUAAUAUACAAAAAAUCGAUAGACUGUUAGCAUUUAUGUCACUUAUUUAGGAAGUAUUAAGUACGUAGGUAUUUUGAAUAAAACAAAAGUUGAAUUUAAAAUUUUAAUGUUUCAAAACAGCACACAAAUGUUGUUCUCAUAAAAUUUUAUACAAUUUUAAAUAAAUUAUAUAAUUCAUUACAAAAGAACUAGUCAUAUAAGAAUAAAUAGAUUUUUUUUAAAUAAACUGCAUGUCAUGGUUAAAAA